CAUUUUACCGCGUCUGGUGCCACAAGAUGUGUACCAGUACGUAAUGUGCUAAAGACGACGAAGAAAAGUGGCAAAAUACCUCAAGUUGGAAAUAAUGAGGAAAAGGAGGAAGAACGUAACGUAUUUUAACGUCUCUUUCAACACUGCAAAGAAGGCGAAAGUACCAGCUCGUUUUCCACUUGUUAACUUACGCGUGCGCCGUAAUGAACGCCGGCCGCGUGCACGCGCAUUACAUUACGUGACCACGACUGAAUUCUUGAAGUGACACCAUACGCCGCGCGUGCCGGAGACCCAGUAGCGCGCGCGUGAGUGUGAAGCAAACAGGGCGGGACUCACGCCGGCGGCACGCGACGUCGCAGGUCGAUCCAAAAGAAUCCCCUUGUGGACCCAAAAUUGCUCGUGUUGGACUGUUGGCUUCGAACGUGAUGGCCACGGACAUUUAUUUUGUUUUUUAAAAGCGUCGCGCAUGACGUGACGUGGUUAGUCGAUCCAUGGCGGACGGCAGCCCGGCUCGAGCGGAAGCUGCGGACGGCAGCUGGAGCGCGACGGCGAGUCCACUGCGGCCCGAGAAACGCCAGCAGGAGCCUGGGGCUUUGGGUCACAGCUUCAAGAGGGUGACGCUCACCAAGCCCACCUUCUGCCACCACUGCAGCGACUUCCUGUGGGGGCUGCUGGGCUUCCUGUGUGAAGCGUGUAACUUGAUGUGUCACGAGAAAUGUCUGAAGAGACUUCGCUCGCUAUGCUCCAGCAUGACGCCCUCUGCAGUACGGGUUCCCGUGGCUCACUGCUUUGGUCCGGACACUCACAAGAGGCGCAUAUGCUGCGUGUGCAGGAAGCAGACGGAGGGAAAUAAUGCUCUUCGUUGUGAAGUGUGCGAGCUGCAUGUGCACGCCGACUGCGCCGCCUUUACGUGUGCCGACUGUCGCUUUUGUCACGUAGAUGGCACUCGGCAGCAGCAGGGCAUGUUUCAGCACCACUGGCGGGAGGGCAACCUGGCGUCGAGCUCACGCUGCCAUCUGUGCCGACGCUCCUGCAGUUCGUCAGACGGGCUGGCGGGGAUGAGGUGCGAGUGGUGCGGUGUUACGUGUCACGCAGCCUGCCACCUCAGGGUGGCGCCGGUGUGCACCCUGGGCCGUCUGCGCCUCAUGAUGCUUCAUCCCGCCUGUGUGCGCCUCCAAUCCAGAAACUUCAGCAAGCACCACUGCUUUCGCAUCGUGGAGGGCGGCAGAUGGCGAAAUGAAGGCAUGAAGUCAAGCUUCAUGACAUCUCACACAGAUGACAGCGAUGACGUGACCAACGUAGCCUCUAAAGAUGGUCAGCCAGCAGCGGCCGAGCACGGCAAACAGUUUCUUAAGGUCUAUGAUGGCGACGACGCCCUCAGGCGUGGUCACUUUCGUCUCGUCCCCAUCGUCAGAGCCACCAAGAACCAGGAAGUUCUGGAGGCGGCGUUGCGGGCCUUCUACCUGCCAGAUGACCCUCAAGAUGUCCAGCUGCAGGAGGUGGGCGGACUUGAGCGCGUCCAUAGCGGCGACAUCUUGAAUCGUAACAGCGGCUCACUGAAGGGCGGUGGCGACUCCUGGAUGCUAAGGGCCAAAGGUGGCCGUGCCGAGGUCAUCAGAGUGUAUGACGGAAGCGGCAGUUCUGGACCGGAUCACGUCAGUGUGUCCGUGUCCGAGGACAGCACGGCUGCGUCCGUCCUCGCCGAGGCCCUGGAGCAGCUGAAGCUUCAAAAAGAUGACACAACACAAUGGGACCUUCUUGAAGUGGUCAUGAGCAGCAAACAAGUGCAGAAGCAAACGCUGAUGCCGCAACAGAACAUUCUGGCUAAGCUGCACGACAUCAGGAAGACGUCUCUGCGGCAGAUGAACCGGACUCGUUUCUAUGUAGUGGAGAGGCAGAACCAAGCGGUGCGUGUGAGGCUGCUGAUCGGAGGGCUGCCCCCCCAGCUGUCCAAAGAGCAGUACUGGCAGCUGUUGCAGGAGCAGCUAGCCGUCAAGACUCACCUGGCGGACAUCAGCCAUGUGUACCCCAGCCAAGGCGCGGUGGCAUUGCAGUUGUCGUGCUUCUCCGAAGCUGAGCGCGUGUUCAUGUUGGCCAAAGACGUGACCGUCAAAGAGAAAUCGCUCACGUCGCUCGUCAUCCCGGAGAUCCAGCUCAGCCAGCUGGGUGAGGAUGUGCGGCCCCUGCUGGUGUUUGUCAACACAAAGAGCGGCGGCCUGAAGGGCAAAGAGCUUCUGUACGCCUUCCGCAAGCUUCUCAACCCACACCAAGUCUUUGACCUCUCCAACGGUGGACCGCUGCCGGGCCUCCACACCUUCCGGGAUAUUCCCAGCUUCCGGGUGUUGGCGUGCGGGGGCGACGGCACAGUGGGCUGGGUGCUGAGUGUGCUGGAGGAGCUGCGACACCAGCUGGUCUGUCGGGAGCCGCCCGUUGGCAUCGUGCCUCUCGGAACAGGUAACGACCUGUCCCGUGUCCUGCGCUGGGGCACUGGCUACAGUGGCGACGACCCGUCUCACAUGCUGGCCUGUGUGGACGAAGCGGACGAAGUUCUGAUGGACCGCUGGACCAUCCUGCUGGAUGCGCAGGAGCUAGCCGAGAACAGCGCUGACGGCCGCCUGGAAGCGCCCAAGAUCGUUCAUAUGAACAAUUACCUCGGAGUGGGCAUCGACGCCGAGCUCAGCCUGGACUUCCACCAAGCCCGUGAAGACGACCCUGAGAAGUUCAGCAGCAGGUUCCACAACAAGGGCGUGUAUGUCAAGGUGGGCCUCCAGAAGAUCAGCGCCACCCGCAGUCUGCACAGGGAACUGCAGCUGCAUGUGGACGGACGCAAUGUUGCGCUGCCCAACAUCGAGGGCCUCAUCUUCCUCAAUAUUCCCAGCUGGGGCUCUGGUGCCGACCUGUGGGGUUCAGAGGCGGACUGCCGCUACAGCAAGCCGAGCGUGAACGACGGCCUGCUGGAAGCGGUUGGCGUCACCGGAGUGGUUCACAUGGGCCAGGUGCAGAGCGGCCUGCGUUCUGGCAUUCGCAUCGCCCAGGGAACUUACAUGCGCGUGGCGCUCAAGAAGGCUUUCCCCGUGCAGGUGGACGGGGAGCCGUGGCUGCAGCCUCCAGGGCACAUCAUCAUCUCCGCCGCUGGACCCAAGGUGCGCAUGCUGCGAAAGUCCAAAGACAAGCACGGGAAGUCGCCGCCGGGUGGCGGCAAGGACGGGCACUCGGGAAACGCGGCCUUCUCAGAGGGAUGCUCGGAAAGCUCGGCCUCCUGGGACGGGCGCUCGGGAAACUCGGCCUUCUCAGAGGGAUGCUCGGAAAGCUCGGCCUCCUGGGACGGGCGCUCGGGAAACUCGGCCUUCUCAGAGGGAUGCUCGGAAAGCUCGGCCUCCUGGGACGGGCGCUCGGGAAACUCGACAGUAGUCGACCAAAGUGACGCCCAAACUGAAAACGGCUGUCUGGAUUCCAUACCGACCGACUGGGACGACAUCUGCUACUGCGUAAAUGAGAGGGAUCCAAGUGGAAUGGUGAGGCUACAGCCAGUGGAGAUGCAGAAGGUAGAGGAUUUGAAUUACUUGGGGUCCAGAGCAACGGAGAGUGUGGAAAAGAGGUGAAGAAGCGCGUCGGAGCAGCAGCGGCGGCCCUGAGCAAUUUGUUGCCCGAGGCAAGAUUUUCCCUGGAUUCCCCUGGCCACGUGGUGUGCGGUGUAUGUACCAGACACAGACUCGCGGAGGGCUCGACUAUGGGGCUUAAUGUCUCGCAAACAUUUCCACAAACAUUGUACAUUGGAGUCACAAAAAGAUGUACUCGUUGGCUCCCUGCUGUGGCCAAAAUGUUAUGACUAGGGUACAAUUAUGUAGCUAGCCAUGACUAAAAUGCCAUUUCAUUUGAAAUAAAAAGGAGCUCAUGACUAUCAACAAGUUUAUUUAAAUCAAAUGUAUGAGUUAGAAACACUGAGAAAGAAAAUAAUAAUUU